UAGACUUUGAGGAAACUCUGAUACAUAAGCUAUUCUUCUCAAUCUCCUCGUCCGGGCUGGGAGAAUGACAAAUCGUCAUGUGAUCCGCAGGCCAAAGGUGAUUCGGGGCUCACUGUCAGCCCCGCACAUAUUCACUCCCUCCGAUGUUCUAUUCCACUGGAAGGUUGAUUACCCGCAUCAACGACACCCCGACAACCCGAAGUCGGAACGGUGGCAAUCUACCAUCGGUUUCAGAACAAUCUGUCAGCAAUCAACCAGACAUGGAGGUACAAUACGACUCCCAGAUACACGCCAUAGGCCAGAAAGCUCAAGAACGUAACCUCGACCUUCAAGAAGUCAGUGACUACUACCACACAUGCCACGCAGCCGCCCAACGAUCCUGCUCCCAUCCAGAAGUGCCGCCAAUCUACCAUCAAUUCUUGGCUGAACGUGAGACUUGGACGUACUACUUCGAAGAAGAGUUCCCUGGCAAAGACCCUCUCUACGACUGCUUUGUCGCUGCUUUGAGUCAAAGCGAAACGAAUCAUACUCGGCGCAUCGAGCAGCUGGAGGUCGCGCUUCAGCGGGCGGAUUUGAUCAUACACAGCAAGGAUGACCUUCUUAGUAUCAAGGAAGAGACCCUGUUGGCUAACAAGGCUCUGAUGUCUGGCAAGGAUGAUAUCAUCAAGAUCAGGGAGAGCGAGAUCCGGACAGAAAUUGGGUUGGUCAAGGCACACGAGAAUACAAUCGCUUGGCAGAACAGGGACAUUCAGGAGCGCAACACCACUAUCAAGCAACUCAAGAAGAACCUUCAGGAGCUAAACCACACAGGCACUCCUCGGGAUGUUCAAAAGCUCCAGAACACCUUAGAAAACCGAACCAAAGAGAUCAAAAACACACAAAACACGAUUCGCAAGAGGAAUGAUGCGAUCAAGUCCCUUACGGCCAGGCUUCAAAAGUACGAAGCCAGUGCCAGCAACAAACAGGGCAGGAACAAGGUCAAGAAGGAGGUCAAGAGAGAAAAUAAUACUCACAUCAAGCAUGAGUCAAUGGAAUACUAGAUCUGUGGCGCGUCGAAUGGGAAGUUUAUUAUUCGGAUACAGAUGGAAUGAUGGAGCAAUGGGACAGUGCUGUUCUAGGACACUUG